CGUAUACCCCGGUCGUCUUGCUCGUUAUAACCGUGGACGCGGUGGUGGACGGACAUACGAAAGUUAUAAAGCACACCGGUCGCAAUCGCGACGAGACGCGCUCAGCCGCUACGUCGAUCGGACGUCGCCCCGACGCGUUCUACCGUUUUUUUGUCUUUCCGUUUUACUUUUGCCCGCAAAAAGGUUUUCGUCGGCUUUUGUUUUUUGUUGUUUUGUUUGUUUCAUUGAAUACGCAAGGCAGAGAUUUCGGUGUGCGAUCAUGUAUUAUUUCGGGUGGUCGGGAUAAUCACGAGGAAGCGACCGAACAGAGGCCGAGUUUAUCGCGGUUUUUUUCGAAAUUACUUUCUCUAGUUGUACCCCGAUUUUUGUGGAGACCGACCGAUCGAUCAGAGGCGAUGGCGGCCCUUUUAGAACCGGCGGUAUCCGUUAUGAACGACGCUUACGAUUAUUACUUAUGGACGCUUUCUUUAGCAGACGAAAGAACGCGAGGAUGGCUCCUGGUCGAUUCUCCCAUGCCGACCCUCGCCUGGACCGUUCUUUAUCUCAGCAUCGUAUGGGCAGGACCAAAGAUCAUGAGAACGCGCAAAGCCUUCAAGCUCACGUGGCUACUAGUGCCCUACAAUUUUUCAAUGGCGAUACUCAACGCCUACAUCGCCGUUCAGUUGUUCCUCGCCUCAACAAGGUUACGAUACAGUUACGUGUGUCAGCCAAUAAAACAAGUGAGGAGGCCUGACGAGAUGUUGAUCGCAAACGCCGUUUGGUGGUAUUACUUCAGCAAAUUGCUCGAAUUCUGCGACACGUUGUUCUUCAUUUUACGAAAGAAGGACAACCAAUUGAGUUUCCUUCACGUCUACCACCACUCGACCAUGUUCUCCUUGUGGUGGAUCGGAAUAAAAUGGGUGCCGAGUGGCUCGACUUUCCUGCCAGCGAUGGUGAACAGUUUCAUCCACGUGCUCAUGUACUCGUACUAUGCUCUGUCAGCAUUCGGACCAUCGAUCGCCAAAUAUCUCUGGUGGAAGAAAUACUUGACGAUCUUGCAACUGAUCCAAUUCACCUCGGCACUUGUACUCGGAAUAAAUGGCAUUCGUUCCGGUUGUGAUUUUCCACUUUGGAUGCAAUACGCUCUUGUAUUUUACAUGAUCUCUUUCAUCGUACUUUUUGGAAACUUUUAUGCAAAGGCCUACAUCGCCAAGGGCAAGCAGGCGUACGAGAGAAGAUCGCGAAGCAAAGCGAACGCUUCUGGAGUCGAGCAGAUGGCCGGCAAGUCGAAAAACAAUGGAACCCUGAACGGAAAGCACACGAACGGUUAUACGAAUGGCGCAGCAGGAAAGAAGAUCCAAUGAUCGUCAUCGGGCCACGGAUCAUCGAUUCGUAACUGAUAGACUUUAAGGUUGAAAGGAAGAAAAAAAGGGAAGAAACUGAAGAGGGAAAAAAAUGAGGAUCGAGACCGCUGUGCGAGUGAGAAAGGAAGAGGGAGGAUGGGAGAGUGACAAAACGUGAUUGCAGAAAAAAGUCUUGGACGCUACGAAACUUGCUCUCACUUUUUCCUGAGAUAUUUCGACGACUAUGAUUUCUCUUUUUAUCUUUUUAUUUGUGCUCUCCUAGAAGGAAGGGAGGGGGGGUUCGGAAACGGAUCGAAAAAAUGGCUUUCGACCGAUUCACUUGACGCCUCGCGUUGUGAAAUUGUAUGUAAUUUUGAAAAUUUCCAGACAAACCAUGUGACCCGACAUCGCGAGGAGAAAGUUAAAUGAGACGACAAAAGCACCGAGUCUCUCAUCGCUUUUUUCAACGUCCGGUACUGAAACGAAAAACGAACGAAUACCCGUGACGUUGUACAUGAGCACAAAACUAUACAAUUUUAUACACUAAUUAAAAUGUAAAAUGUAAAAGAGACGAGAAAACAAAAACGCAAUCUCCCCACGGCACCGCGUGUUCUCAGGUUCUCCCGGGAUUACUUGUAUAAGUCGUUAAGAAUAUACUGGUCGUACAGUCAAAUCCAAAAAAUAGUACGUUUUUAAAAAACGAAAACAUCGGAUUCGCUAUUUUCGUGAGAAAAAAAAAAAAAAAGAAACGGGCUCUCGUUCCUUGCCCUCUGUCUCUGACGAUGAAAAAUUUCCGAUAAACAUCGAGAUAGAUAAAUCAUUAUUAAUUUAUCCAUGGAUCUAUUUAUUCGCGUGGAAUUAAAUUUUUUUUCUAUUCAAAAUAAAAUAAACUAUAUUUUCGAAUUAUUUGAUUUUCGAUUAUUUUAAAACCGUUUUAUAUUGAAUUAUUUUGAAGGAAAUUAGAAGAAAAAAAAAAAAAAAAAAAGAUUUUCAUCGCAAUCAGUACUUUCAGAUCGUCAUUUGUUUUUGGAGUUUUACACUCGAAAUAAAUUUAACCCGAGUUCGCCUCAGAAAAAUGGCAAUUAAAUACAAGAUCUCAGGAUAAUUUCAUAGUUAUUUAUCUUUUUUUAUGUCGACUACAUAUAUAUAUUUAUAUAAACAUAUAUAGUGAUGAAUAGAUCGAUAUGAAAACACACGAAUUCAAAUAUAUAUGAAUUCCGGGCCGAAUAAAGAUGAAAUAACAGCUAAUUUUUGGCAACGACUGUAAAGCCAGUAAAUUAAAGCAAUGAAAGAGUGUAUGUGUGCGUGUGUGCGUGUGUGUGUGUGUGUGUGUGCGCGCGCGCGCGUAUGCGUAGAAAGAGAGUGAAGGAAAAUAAGAGUGGCAUAGUUACUGAGUACGAAAAUUUUUAUUUGAGGAGGGCGCGAAUCAAUGGCCGUGUGAUAAUUUAUUAUUAACGAGGCUUUUGUUUUUAAAAAUUUGUUUCCCACAAAAAUUCAUAAUCGAGUUAUCAAACGGUGGAAAAUUGUUUUAUAAUGAAGAAAACAAAAAAAAUACGAGCAAAAGAUCGUACGAUUUGCGUUAGGGAAAUUACGAAACAUUUUAUUAUCCCGUUGUUUCGUGUGUGUGUGUGUGUGUGUGUUUAUUUUUCCUAUUUUGGAUCGUCGUUAGGACAUUGUAAAGUGUAAACGUUAAGAAACUGAAUGUUCGAUCGAUGCGCACGUCGCAAAGCAUUCUCGCAAGCAUGUGAAACUCGGGGGCCGGGUUGAAGUUCCGAAUGGUGAGAAAUCAGAAGGCUCAAAAGUCCGAAAAUCUAGCUGGGACUCGAAAUAUAUAGAUAUACCGCACUAGCGAGAUUUUCGGACUUUUGAGCCUUCUGAUUUCUCACCGUUCGGAAUUUCAACCCGGCCCCGAAACUCGAUUUUCGAAGAUCAAUGGCGAUCGGGAUGGGAGGGGAGAAAAAAAAUAUUCUUUCCCUACUGCCGUUAUGUGUUAUUAUUUUCAACGGGAAAAUCCGUGUUACCUCAAUAAUACGAGAAACGAAAGAACUGAAUCCACCUCCAGCCUGUUUAUCCCUUAGAGAAGAAUAGUAGAAAGAGAGAAAGAGAGAAAAGAAAAAUUCAAAAGGGAUGAGAAAAAAAUGAAUAAAUAUUCAAAGUAACGAAUGAAAAGAUAUCCAUAGACCCAGAACCUUGACGAAAAACAUUCCGGCCGAUUAGCGGUUUGUAUUCUUCAACAUUUUACGAGCCUUUUUGCAUAAGAACAAAUAAUUUUUCUACGACAUUUAACCAAAAAAUGUACAAAACAUUUAUAGUCUCGAAGAAAAAGACGAAAAAAAUGAGAAAAUCAUACGGACGAAGGAGAAGCGUAAGAAACAAGAAGAAAAAAACGGUGGACGAACGCUUUUACAGCGGCGUUGUAAUCUGCCUGCAUUUUUGUUUUACUUAUCAUCGUACUAAUCGCUUUUUUUUACCUCUCCCACACGUUGUCACGCACAUUUUAUGAAUUUUUGAGAAAUCGUUUUACCGUGCUCAGCUCACAGGAAAAACUUUCUCCGACGUAUUUUCGGUACAAAAUUAUACUCAAGAUCGUACAAAUAAUGAUAAAUGGAGAAAACCAAAAAUUUCUCUUUCGCUCGCUAAUGCGAAUUCUACUGGAGGAAUCCCAGCAACGCUAUCAUCAUAAUUUUUCAUACGAAAUUUUAAUUGAACUACUACUUGCAAAUAAUGUGUGUACAUUAAAAUAAUACACACGCGGUCAAUGUUUACAAACGUGGUCAAUUAUGGGUGCACGAUUUGACUACUUUGCCCUCAUUUUCUCUCCUCCGUUUCAGGCAGUAAAGUAUUGUUAUUAUGUUCA